AACCCACCUCUUUCUUCAUCAUUUCAAUUUCACUCUCAAUCUUCCUGCAGACAUGGCCGGAAAGGGUUUCACUGUCGAUCUGAGUAAACCCCUUGUGUUUCAGGUUGGUCACCUAGGGGAAGAUUAUCAAGAGUGGGUUCACACGCCUAUUCUGACCAAGGAAAGUCCUCGGUUUUUCGAGAGUGAUUUCUUAGAGAUGAUAACUCGGACACUGUGGUGGGUAGUGCCGGUCAUAUGGGUACCGGUUGGAUUAUAUUUCAUCACAAUGUCUUACACCAUGGGUCAUACACUUCCCCUUGUGGUCAUACUGGCUGCUGUUGGGGCCUUUGUAUGGACAUUUCUCGAGUAUUGUUUUCAUCGUUUCCUUUUUCACAUCGACACCACGAGUUAUUGGGCAAACACCUUUCACUAUCUCAUACAUGGCUGCCAUCACAAGCACCCUCUGGAUGGCCUAAGGCUUGUGAUUCCACCUGCAGAAGCUGCUAUACUAGCCCUAAUGUUUUGGAAUCUAUACGGGAUUUUAUUCACUCUCUCGAUAAGACCCGUAAUGUUCGGAGGUGGAUUGAUCGGAUAUGUUAUGUAUGAUAUGAUGCAUUACUAUGUGCACCAUGGCCAGCCCACCAAGCAAAGUCUUAAAAGCCUUAAGAAAUAUCACUUGAACCAUCACUUUAGGAUCCAAAACAAGGGCUUUGGGAUAACGACGGCGUUAUGGGACAGAGUUUUUGGGACCUUACCCCCGACGAAAGCAGCAGAGAAGAGCGGAUAGUACUUGGCCAAGCAGCCUAUUAAUGUCAUCUUAUGUUCCCGAAGGCAUUAAAUAAUUGGGUAAACUAUGCAUUCAGUGUCUAAUCUAUCAGUUUUGGUCCGUUUAGAUACUAAAACAAAUUAAAACGGGUAGUUUAUGUACUGCAUGCAUAAUUUACCCUAAAUAAUUUUAUGUCCGUAUUAGGUUGUUCAGGAUGUAAUGCGAUAGGGUACACAUACGUAAAUUUGAUCCACUUGUUUUAAAUUCCAUGUCAUAUUCAGAGUUAAAAUAUUUUACAGUUUAGGUAC